AUGGGCAAGACACCGGUCAUUGGGCUGCUCGGCGGCGGCCAGCUUGGCCGCAUGCUCUGCGAAGCGGCUGGUCCACUGGGAUACGACAUCGCCGUCCUCGACGAGGCUGGGUGCCCGGCCAAGCAGAUCAACGCCAACGACAAGCAUGUGGCGGGCUCCUUCAAGGAUGCCGCCAAGGUCCGGGAGCUGGCGUCUCGAUGUGACGUUCUCACCGUCGAGAUUGAGCAUGUCAACACCGAGGUCCUCGAGGAGAUUGCGACUCAGGGAGUCCGGACGCCCUCGGGCGAGCUGCGGAAGGUGCCCGUCCACCCGUCAUGGCGCACCCUGCGCCUGGUGCAGGACAAGUUUGCCCAAAAGGAGCAUUUCCAAGCCGCCGGGGUGCCCAUUGCACCGCAGAUGGCCCUCGGCGCGGGCGAGCUCCUGCCCGACUCGCUCAAGGAGGCUUAUCAAAAAUUUGGCUUCCCCUUCAUGGUCAAGGCGCGCAAGGGUUCCUACGACGGCCGGGGCAACUUCAAGGUCAACGGGCCGGAGGACUUUGAGGAGGUGGUCAAGGCCUUGGGCAAGCUGCCGCUGUAUGCCGAAAAGUGGGUGCCCUUUGCCAUGGAGCUCGCCGUCAUGGUGAUCCGCACCGAGGACGACGCAGGCAACUGCACGGGGGUCUACGCAUAUCCGACGGUCGAGACGGUGCACGAGGACGACGUCUGCAAGACUGUCCUUAUGCCGCCGCGCAAGGUCGACGGUGCGGUCUGCGCCCAGGCCCAAAAUGUGGCACAGGACGUCAUCAGGAGCCUCUGGGGGCGCGGCGUCUUCGCGGUCGAAAUGUUUUUGCUGCAGGAUGGCACCAUCAUGGUCAACGAGGUGGCGCCCCGGCCUCACAACUCGGGCCACUACACGAUCGAGGCCGUGCCCUACCUGUCGCAGUACAAGGCGCAGCUCCACGCCAUCAUGGAUAUUGUGCCCAAGACCAUGCAGCUCACCCCCCGAUGCUCGCAGGCCAUCAUGCUCAACAUCCUGGGCGGCGCCGUGCCCGAGUCGCACGACAAGCUGGUCCGCCUGACGGAGACGGAGUACAUCCGCGGCACGGACGUCUACCUGCACCUGUACGGCAAGGCAUCCAAGCCGGGCCGCAAGAUCGGCCACAUCACCUUUACCACGCCUUCGGUCGAGGUGGACCUGGAGGCCACGAUCGCGCCGUUUGUCAACGAGGUGGACCUGAUGCGGCAGCAGCGCCUGAGCGCGUCAUCUGCCCAGCUGCGCCCGACGGCCGCGCCCGAGGCCAACAGGAAGGCGAGCUCGCGCGACCCCAACGCUCCGCUCGUCGUCGUCACCAUGGGCUCCGACUCGGACCUGUCGGUGCUGGCCGCGGGCCUGGACAUCCUGGAGAAGUUCGAGGUGCCGUAUGACUGCACCAUCACGUCGGCGCACCGGACGCCCGCGCGGAUGACGGAGCUGGCCAACGCGGCGGCGGCACGGGGCGUCAAGGUGCUCAUCGCGGCGGCGGGCGGCGCGGCGCACCUGCCCGGCAUGCUCGCGUCGGAGACGACAGUGCCCGUCAUCGGCGUACCGGUCAAGGCGACGCACCUGGACGGCAAUGACUCGCUGCUCAGUAUCGUGCAGAUGCCGCGGGGCAUCCCCGUCGCUACGGUGGGCAUCAACAACUCGACCAACGCGGCGCUCCUGGCGGUGCGCAUGCUCGGAUCCCACUACCCCGAGUACCGCGAAAAGAUGGCGCGGUACAUGGAGACCAUGAAGGUCGAGGUCGAGGGCAAGGCGGCCAAGCUGGAAGAGGUAGGUUACCAAGCAUACCUAGCGGAGAAGGCCAAGAAAUAG